AUGUCGAGCAAUACUACAAACACAUCCACUUCGUCAUAUCAAGUCGCUGAAAAUGCCUACUUCAGCUCCAACCCACCCCCUAAGGCGUUACCACAACACGUCGCUGCGGCGGAAUCAUUCAUAAAUCAACAUGCUGCGGCUAACAGACGUGUUGUUCUCGUCACCUCUGGCGGGACCACUGUGCCGUUAGAAAAGCAAACAGUGCGUUUCAUCGACAAUUUUAGCGCUGGUACACGAGGCGCCACAUCUGCUGAGUACUUCCUGGAGUCGGGAUACGCUGUGAUCUUUUUGCAUCGGCAAUUCAGUCUGUUGCCAUAUAGUCGGCACUACAGCCAUUCGACAGAUUGCUUUUUAGAUUUUCUCCAUGAGAAUCCAGAUGGCAGUGUUGUGGCAAACCCAGCACACCAGGACAAGAUGCUCCGUGUACUUCGCAAGUACAAUGCCGCCAAGCGGCAGAAUCUCCUAUUAAUGCUACCAUUCGUCACAAUCACCGAUUACCUGCAUGAGCUCCGUGCUGUGGCGCAAUUAAUGCGCCCACUUGGGCCAAAUGGCUUGCUGUACCUUGCCGCAGCAGUGAGCGAUUUUUUCGUCCCGGCUGAAAGAAUGGCGGAGCAUAAGAUCCAGAGCACGGAUGCAACAGAUAUGCUGAAAAAGCAAGGGCCAACAACUGUCACGAAAGAGUCGCGGGAACAACCACAACAAGACGAGGAAGCAUUUGAUAACUUCGACUCCUCGCCAGCUGUGCCACGAAGCAAACGCCUCAUUGUUGAUCUAGAUCCCGUACCCAAGUUCCUCAAAAAUCUAGUGGACGGUUGGGCUCCUGAGGGCAUGAUCGUCUCAUUCAAAUUAGAAACUGACCCGGCGAUUCUGGUUCACAAGGCCAAGUAUUCACUAGAGCGGUACCAGCACCAUCUCGUCAUCGGCAAUCUGCUGUCAACCCGCAAGUGGGAAGUUGUCUUCGUGGCUCCUGGUCAUGAGGACAACUGGAUUCGUGUCCCAUUCAGCCGUCGUAAGAAGACCAUAACUGGAACUGAAGAAACGGACCAGAAGAAUAAGGAAAAUGAACCCCUUGACCCGGCAACACUGCCAGAGGGCGAGCCAGAGAUAGAAAUCGAGGGCUUAAUUAUACCAGCCGUCGAAGAAUUGCAUGCGAAGCACAUCAAGACCGCAGCCGCAAGGAGUGGAUCAAAAUAA